AUGGCCGGCGUCAAUCAUGAGCUGGAAGACGCUCUGCGCAAGCUAGACGAGGAACUUGAAGAAGGGGACAUCACCAGGAAAGGAUACGAAAAGAGACGCACUCUUAUUCUCUCACAGUACAUCAGCCCUGCACCGGGUCCAUCACAGUCAAGGGGGCUUCGCGUACAUUCGCCUGAUGAUAGUGACCAUCCCGCCUCGAACGAUGCCUCUAGAGCAGCCUCCCUUGCAGCACUAACCGGGCGAUCUGUGGGCGGACAUUCACGAAAUGGCACACUGACAGAAAUCUAUCCCACCGGCGGUCGGCGAGCCUCACUGGUCAAGGAUGAAUAUAUGAACGAUACCAGACGGAGUUCCACAGCCCAGAGCCAUGUGCAAAGAUUUCAAGAGCGGGAAGCAGGGCCGGCCUCGCAUGGAUCUCUGUCAGGCUCAUCAUUUGAUCAUCGCAAUGACACCUUCCUGACUGCGAACAACGACUUCUCCCGAACACAGACUCUUUUAAGCCAAAACUAUGCGUUCAAUCCUGAGACUCAACAGACGUAUGGAGGUACCGACACACGAAGUUCCACGAUGCUCGACUCGCAACAGGGAUACUUUUCUGAUUUUGCUGGACAACAAAGAGAAGACCAACAGGAGAAUUACGGCGGAAAAGUACAGCGGUACUCUCAAAGCGAGGUCACAUCGCCUACAGCGCAAAUCGCGCCGCCGUUCUUGGGUGCUGGCGAGCUCACGGGAGGAGCAGCAAUACAUCAGAUGCCAUUAGAGCCUCGGGAAGUUCCUUUCGCCAUCUGCGACCCCCACGACACACAUAUAGAGAUGUCUGUUUUCGACAACAUCGCUGCCGUACUCCGUCACCGAGCAAAGACAACCUCUAAACAGGCCGCAUACUGGGUGCUCGAUCAGAAAGGCAAAGAGAUUGUCUCAAUUACUUGGGAAAAGCUCUGCAGCCGUGCAGAAAAGGUUGCCCAGGUCAUCAGGGAUAAGAGUAGCCUAUACAAGGGCGAUCGCGUUGCGCUAAUCUACACCGAGAACGAGAUUAUCGAAUUCGCCGUGGCUCUGCUUGGUUGUUUCAUAGCCGGCGUAGUGGCUGUACCGAUCAACGAUCUGAAGAAUUAUGCUCGACUGAACGUCGUGUUGACGUCUACCCAAGCACAUCUUGCCUUGACGACCGAAGCAAACCUGAAAAAUUUCCAGCGAGACAUUACUGCUGCGAAGCAAAAUUGGCCCCGAGGCGUGGAGUGGUGGAAGACUAACGAGUUUGGUAGCUAUCAUCCCAAGAAGAAGGGAGAUGAGCCACCACUCGUGGUCCCUGAUCUCGCGUACAUUGAAUUCUCGACCGCCCCUACUGGAGAUCUCCGAGGUGUUGUCAUGAGCCACAAGACCAUCAUGCAUCAAAUGGCCACACUCAGCGCAAUGAUUACUUCGGCGACAAGUAACACCAGAGCUGAUACUUUUAAUCCAGCCUUGCGCGACAAGCAGGGCCACUUGAUCACCGGUUCGAGACGUGGUGAGACUAUACUUAGCUAUCUGGACCCGAGGCAAAGCAUCGGCAUGAUCCUCGGGGUAUUGUUCAACAUCUAUGGCGGUCAUACAGUAAUUUACAUCGAUCAACGGACGAUUGAGACUGCUGGCCUUUAUGCCCAUCUCAUCACCAAACACAAGACAACCCUUCUUGUCGCAGAUUAUCCAGGUCUGAAGCGCGCCGUCUACAACUAUCAAGCGGAUCCUAUGACGACCAGAAAUUACAAACGCGGGUCCGAGCCAAAUUUCAGCAGUGUCAAGCUGUGUAUGAUCGAUACGUUGACGGUGGAUGCCGAAUUUCAUGAGCUUCUAGCCGACCGCUGGCUGAAACCGCUGCGCAACCCUCGAGCCCGAGAGAUCGUUGCCCCGAUGCUGUGCCUGCCGGAACAUGGUGGUAUGGUGAUCAGUAUGCGUGAUUGGCUGGGUGGCGAGGAGAGAAUGGGCUGCUCGUUGAGUCAUGAAAUGGACCGUGAGCAAGAAGUUGAAGCGAAGAAAGAGGAUGACACCGCCGCCAACAAGCCAGGUUUUGGCAGUAGUUUGAUUGGUGGCGGAUCGACUAGGCCGACUACACAACAGCGUUCAACGGAAGACCUGGGUGAAGUGUUACUUGACAAGGAAGCCUUGAAGACCAACGAUAUCGUUGUCCUUGCAAUGGGGUCCGAGGCACGCGCCAAAGCGAGCUCUUAUCCGAAUGCCGUCCGAUGCGGAGCUUUUGGUUAUCCCAUACCAGAUGCCACCUUGGCGGUCGUUGAUCCUGAAUCUGGCUUACUGUGCACCCCAAAUUCGAUAGGAGAAAUCUGGGUUGAUUCACCCUCACUGUCCGGUGGGUUUUGGGCCCUUCCCAAGCACACUGAGACCAUUUUUCAUGCUCGGCCCUACUGUUUCAAGGAAGGAAAUCCAACACCGACUGCCAUAGAUCCCGAGUUUCUGCGAACUGGCCUCCUUGGCUGUGUUAUAGAGGGCAAAAUCUAUGUUCUUGGGCUGUACGAAGACCGCUUGAGACAGAGAGUUGAAUGGGUGGAGCACGGUCUUGCUGUGCAGGAACACCGCUAUUUCUUUGUCCAACACCUCAUCCUCAGCAUCAUGAAGAAUGUCCCCAAGAUCCACGACUGUUCCGCGUUUGACUGUUUUGUCAACGACGAGCACCUUCCGAUAAUUCUCCUCGAGUCGCCAUCGGCCUCAACUGCCCCGAUAUCGUCGGGCGGCCCCCCUCGACAGCUAGACAUUGCACUCCUUGACUCCUUGGCCGAGCGGACCAUGGAAGUUCUCUACCAAGAACACCACCUCAGAGUAUAUUGCGUUCUUAUCACCGCACCAGGAAUUCUACCUAGGGUCACGAAAAAUGGUCGACGUGAGAUUGGCAAUAUGCUUUGUCGGAAAGAGUUCGACAAUGGUUCACUGCCUUGUGUCCAUGUCAAAUUUGGUGUAGAACGAGCGGUCCAGAAUCUGCCCUGUGGAGAAGAUAUCAGCGGCGGGAUCUGGUCUGCAACGUCGAGUGGCGUGAGGAUGGAUCUUCUGUACGAGCAAGAGACACAAUGGUCCGGAGUCGACCCACGAGAAGUUGUUAUUGACGAUCGCACCUCCACUUCGCUGAGCAAUUUCACAAACAUCUUCGACUUGAUGCAGUGGCGCGUCGCGAGGCAGGCAGACGAACUCGCAUACUGCACAAUAGAUGGGCGAGGAAAAGAGGGCAAGGGCCUCACAUGGAAGAAGUUCGACCAGCGAGUGGCUGCUGUUGCGUUGUACCUACGGAACAAGAUCAAGAUCAAGCCCAGCGAUCAUGUCAUCUUGAUGUAUACUCACUCUGAGGAUUACGUCUUCGCCAUCUAUGCUUGCAUGGUUCUUGGCGCCAUUGCAAUCCCAAUCGCACCGCUGGACGCGAAUCGACUCUCCGAAGAUGCUCCAGCGUAUCUGCACAUUGUCGCUGACAUGCGUGUAAAGGCUGUUCUCUGCAACACUGAGGUGGAUCAUCUCUUCAAGCAGAAACUCGUAUCGCAGCACCUCAAGCAGUCCGCCCAGUAUCUCAAGACACAUAUUCCGAAUGUCUACAAUACUACCAAGCCGUCGAAGCAAUCGCAUGGCUGUAGGGAGCUGGGCCUUACGAUGAACCGAUCCUGGGUAUCGCCUUCGAAUCCGGUCCUAAUCUGGACCUAUUGGACGCCCGACCAACGCCGAGUGUCUGUACAGCUAGGACACGACACAAUUCUUGGUAUGUGUAAGGUGCAAAAAGAAACUUGCCAAAUGACAAGCUCCAAACCUGUGCUGGCUUGCGUCAGGAGUACAAUUGGCAUUGGCUUUCUACAUACGGUGACUUUGGGUGUUUACAACGGCAGCACCACGUAUUUGAUGUCACCUCUAGACUUUGCACAAAAUCCUGGAGCACUAUUCCUGGCCUUGGCCCGGUACAAGGUGAAGGACUCCUAUGCGACAACUCAGAUGUUGGAUUUUGCUAUGGCCAAUGUUGUUGGCAAAGGCUUCCCCUUGCACGAGCUAAAGAAUCUGAUGGUCAUUGCCGAAAGUCGACCACGGCUGGACCUCUUCUCUAAAGCAAGAGUGCAUUUCGCACAAACAGGCCUUGAAAGAACUGCCAUCAACACCAUAUAUGCUCAUCACCUCAAUCCCAUGAUCGCCUCGCGCAGCUACAUGUCGAUAGAGCCGAUUGAGCUCUGGCUGGACGUUCGCGCCCUCAGGAGGGGCUUAGUAUAUCCGGUCGAUCCAGAUACGGAUCCAACCGCGCUAUGCGUCCAAGACUCUGGAAUGGUGCCUGUGGCCACUCGCAUAGCCAUCGUUAACCCCGAAACUUGUCAGCUCUGCCACGUUGGCGAGUUUGGUGAGAUUUGGAUACAAUCCGAAGCAUGUGCCAAGUCUUUCUACAUGUCCAAGCAACUCUUCGACGAGGAGAGGUUCAACGGCCAUAUUGUCGGGGGCGAUGCCACUCAGACGUACGUGCGAACAGGUGAUCUUGGUUUUCUUCACAACGUUACGAGGCCUAUUGGGCCGGGGAAUCAGCCUGUGGAAAUGCAGAUACUGUUCGUGCUUGGAAGUAUUGGAGAGACGUUUGAGGUCAAUGGCCUCAACCACUUUCCCAUUGACAUCGAAAACAGCAUCGAGAGGUGUCACCGGAAUAUCACCCCCGGGGGGUGUGCGGUGUUCCAGGCUGGCGGAUUGGUUGUGGUCCUCGUCGAAGUCUUCCGCAAAGCCUAUCUUGCUUCCAUCGUACCAGUCAUUGUGAAUGCCGCUCUCCAUGAGCAUCAGAUCGUGGUUGACAUUGUUGCUUUCGUUGGCCAAGGCGACUUCCCACGGAGCAGACUUUCCGAAAAACAAAGAGGAAAGAUUCUGGCCUCUUGGGUGACUCGCAAGCUGCGAACCAUUGCUCAGUUCGGCAUCCGCGAUCCAGACGGUCCCGAUGGUCAUUUCCAGAUACCAGCCGACCGCAAAUCGACCAGCAUUGUGGCCAAAACCCCAAGUCAAGCAGGCCAAGCGCGAGCCUCAGUCGCAUCAGAGUCGCAGAACAGCAUCCAACAGGAGCCCGGCGGUGGUACCAGGCGGUCUAGUAGCGUUCCAGAGCUACCUUUCUCCCUGCCGCCCAACCACUAUCAAAUCGACCCGACGGGGCUCUACGAGGACGCUGCAACGCCAACAGAAAAACAGGCGGGUGUGUCUCUCACAGACAGGCCUUAUACCCUUCCCGAGGGCGUGGUCGAAAUGCCAACCUCGAACUUUGACGACGAUGAUGAUCAAAACAACCCGUACCUGACUGACGAAAAGUUCUUCGAUCCCAACGCAGAUCCAGACGACUUGGACAGGCAAUUUGGAACCUACUCAGGUUCGAGUUCGCAGCUGGAUAUUGACCAAAGUGGUCCGCCACGACUCUCCCUUGUCAAUCCUGACGAGUACCAGCCUAAUGAAAGUACGGAAAAUACUCCCACAAGCUAUACAGCCACUGCAACGCCAACUUCGGCGAUACCCCGCUCUUCUAGCGCACUACGCAUCGAAAGUGAUGCUGAAAGCCCCUAUGAGGACCAGGGAAACCCAUUUCGAAAUUCAAUACCUGCUUCGGUACCGAGUUUCGACUUUAUCACGUCGCCUGGGCCUAAAAGCCCGGCUCGGGAACAAAUGGCUAGUGCGUCGGCUGCUUACAACCAAGCCAGAGGAGCAGCGACCGGCCGUUCGAUGCUCCCAAGCCAACAGGCUCGGUAUCCACAGCCCGAUGCGAUGAGAACGCCAAGGCAGCCUCCUUACUAUGGACAAGAGGCUCCACGAGAAGCACCGGGUCCUAGAGCCCCUUAUGACAGGAAGCCGAUAGGAGACUCACUCCGGCCUGACGAGAGACAGAGUGUGGACCUGAGUAGCAUAUCUGGAAGUAUCAGAAGACGGUACGAUGGCAGUGCAUAUGAUGAUUACGAGUAUUAA